AGCAUAGAACGUCCCCUGAGAGUUUUUCUAAAGGACUACAGCAUAAAUAAAGAAGACUUUUCUGUAAUUUUGGUCACUUUCAUUGCUUUUAAAAAUGGCAGGUGUGAGCAGCUGUAUGAAAUACUCCAUGUUUGUCUUCAACUUUUUGUUUUGGGUGUGUGGCUGUAUUAUUUUGGGUGUCUCCAUAUGGAUACGUGUAAGCAAAGAUGCUCAGGAGGAUCUCAAUAUAGAUAAUAGCCUCUUUGCAGGUGUCGAUCUGCUAAUAGCAGUGGGCUCCAUCAUUAUGGUCCUUGGUUUCCUGGGCUGCUGUGGUGCUGUAAAGGAAAGCCAGUGCAUGUUGCUCUUGUUCUUUAUUGGACUGCUUUUGAUCCUGAUCCUUCAGAUCACAGCAGGUAUUUUGGGAGCAGUGUAUAGAUCUAAGAUUGAUGUGGUUGUUAACCAGACCCUGUUGGAAACAACAAAGCAGUUGCAAAGUACUGAACAACAGUAUCAAACAUUUCAAAUGAACUUCCAGAAGUUUGAGCAAGAGAAUCUCUGCUGUGGUUUGAUGAGUGGACAACAAGACUGGGGGACCAAUUUUAAUACCCAGGCUCUUAAGGCUUGUGAAUGUUCACAGAGCUAUGAAAAAACUGAUUUCUGCGUGAGUUUUGGUAGAAAAUAUAUUUAUAAAAAGACUUGUGGAACUGUGAUAAUCAAUUACCUCAAAGAUCAUAUGAUUAUACUUAUGGGGAUUGCAUUUGGACUAGCAGUUAUUGAGAUUGUUGGUUUGGGGUUUUCUAUGAGCCUUUACUGCCAGAUCAGUAGAAAAUGAAACUGUGGAAAUGUCGGAACUAUGUCACCUGCCAAAUCAAAACCUUUAUGGAUAGACAGAUAUUUGGCUUGGCACAUUUCUAUAAAUACCUGAAUGUCAGAAGCAGCUGUUUUGAUAAAAACAGCAACCCCGAAGCCUGCAGAUUUUUCACAAGUUGUAAAAUGAUCUCUUUAAAAUUAAUGAGAUUUAAU